CGAGCCGGGAGCCGCCGGGCCCGGCCCCUGCGCACCGGGGCUGGGCCGGGCCAGCGCGGGGGCUCCGGGGUCGGAACCAGGCCCCGGUGGUUGGGAGGAGCAGGCGGCAGCGCUCCCGCGGCGGGUCCCGGCACUGCCGGGGGUCUCCCAUCCCCUCCGGCCCCGCACCCGGUUCCUGUCGGUGCCCAUGGAUCGCCCCGGCGCUGAGCCCGCAGCGUGCGGGUCCCGCCCUGACGACUCCUCCCUUUGCAGGCCACGGCAACGGACCAGGUGGUUGGGUUCGGCUUGGUCACCUUCAGCCUCCUCCUCUUUGUGUACUACACCCUCUGGAUCAUCGUGCUGGUAAUGGGGCUCCUGGCUGCUACGCCUCACUUCACCCCGCCCCGCUGUUUGCUCAGGCUCUCGUUAGGUGCUGAUGUGUCCCUCCAGGGCGCUGCCUGGCAGCUGCCUGGUCAGAACAUCCAGGAUACAGCUUCCUCUAUUGCUGGCACAGCCCUUGCUCCCCUCUGGGUGUGCCAGGCUUCAGUCAUGCUGCUCUAAAGCCAGCCAGGGGAAGAUGAAGGCUCGCUUAAGCUGUCGGAGCUGAAGCCUGGUCCCUCUGGAGGUGAUGUCCUUGGUGUCUGCUUUUGUAGUCCCCCAGGUUGCUGGUUCUAAAGGGAGAUGACGAUGGGAGACAUAGAGAUGGCUCUUAACCAAAUCCGGAGCUUGGUAGGGAGGUGGAGAGUUUAGGGAAUGCAGAGCUAUGGAAAAAUGAGUGUGAGCCUGGUAGUUUUGUCCACUUCGGGGCCAUUAGAAUCGGGGAACACCAGGUUGGACCUCAAGGAUCAUCUGGUCCAACCUUAUUAGUGGUUUUCUUGCUGGAAAGAGCCAUCUCCUGGUGAGUUCGCCAGGUGGGAGAGGCCUGGUUCAGCGCCGGGCUGGUGUGUGAGCUCCCUCCAACCUCAGAGCGGUUCCAGCUCCCCUCCUGCCUCUGCCUGCUCCGCUGCCCCUGCCUGUGCUGCCGGUAGCUCCGUGGUGUGCUCCUGCCGUGUGGGGAUCCUUACACUGCUCUCUAGUGUCCAAAGCCUUCCAAUGGAUCCUGGCGGGAUCGCCAUCAAACAGAGCCACGAUCAGCUUCUCCCUUCUGUAGGGCAGAGAUUCACCGUGUUCAGCACCGAGCAGGAUGGUGCCCACCCCGCGGCUUUGAGACCUUUGUGUGGGCUUCAUGCCCCUCGUCAUCUGAACGCUGCAGCCUCCUCUGUGCGGCCCUUCAUCGACAGCGACCACAGCAUCCACCAGUACUUCUUGCCUAGGGAGUACGCGGUUCUCAUCCCCGUGGUGGCCGGGCUGCUGCUGCUGCUAUUUAUAGGUGUUUUUAUAACGGUCGUGAUGUGGAAGAACAGGAAACCUGUCAAGAAAUCAGACUGAAGGCCCAAGCUGAGGGAGGAGAAGGCUCCAGAGCCAAGAAAAGACUUUGCUUGCAGCACCGAGCAGCCAGUGCUCAGCACCAAACCCUCCUGCCCUCCUUCCUGCAGAGACAAACCUGCCUGUAGUUUACAACAUACUGACCAAAGGAACCAAAACUGACCUCCAGGGCUCAUCGAGAGAGGGACCAGAGCCCUGCUGUGAGGGACCUGCUCCAAACUGCUCCAAGUCGAGCCCUGACCCCCACCCUCUGCUUGGCCUCUGGGUGAUCUUUCCCCUCAGCUCUUGUCGUGUCCAGUAUGUUCCUCCUGUGUUUUUAUUAAACGUUCACAUAUGGGUUU